UGCGAUACUCGAGGGUCGAUAAUCGACUAUCCGCGAACUCUUGUGAGCAUCCGUGAGGUUAGACACGUGUCAAAGUAAAAUUAUACAUAAAAAUCACCGCAUCGUAAAAAGUUUAAGUUGAAGUUUUUGAUGAAAAAAUAAUUUUUGUGACAUGACUUUAACUGACGAAAAAGAAGCAGAGCCAGUGGUGGAAACUGAAGUACAUUUUCAGGCACCGGCUAUUCAAAACAACCCUGAUGGAUGGGGUCCUUGUGAGCUGCCGGACCAAUUCCGGGACAUUCCGUACCAGCCAUUUUCUAAAGGCGACAGAUUAGGAAAGAUAUCCGACUGGACAGGCGUAGCUUUCCAGGACAAGAAAUUCACAAACAAAUAUGCAUCUCAGUUUGGUUCUGGAAGCCAAUACGCGUACUACCAUGACGAGGAUGAGUCGACAUUCCACUUGGUGGACACUACUCGGGUUCAGAAGCCUCCAUACCAGCGUGGACGUUUCGGCAAAAACCAACGUAAUCUCCGCGGUCGCGGUGGUCAACGGGGUGGAAUGAACGCACUGCAGCAGUUGGGCAAACUGAAGCUGCGCGAGCGCGAACGAAAAGGGCAAACUAAACGCUGGGGUCGGAACAACAAGAACAAUCCUCCAAAUAAAAAUCGUGAUGCUUCGGUGACUGUACGACCCGACUGGUCUACCAUCGAAGAAAUGGAUUUCCCUCGUCUGGGAAAACUGAGUCUGCCAAACAUAAAGGAUGGCGAGGACAUUUUAUGCUGUGGGUCAUUGGAGUACUAUGACAAAACAUACGAUCGUGUCAAUGUUAAGAAUGAGAAACCGCUGCAGCGUAUUGACAGGAUCUUCCAUACUGUCACUACUACUGAUGAUCCCGUUAUCCGUAAAUUAUCAAAGACCGAGGGCACGGUUUUUGUUACUGAUGCUAUUCUGGCAACAAUAAUGUGUUGCACCAGGAGUAACUACAGCUGGGAUAUAGUUAUUGAGAAAAUUGGAGACAAACUCUUUUUUGACAAAAGAGAUAACACCGAGUUUGAUUUGUUGACAGUAAAUGAAACCAGCGUUGAACCUCCAACCGAUGAUGGAAACUCGCUGAAUUCACCGCGAAACUUGGCACUUGAAGCCACAUUCAUCAAUCAUAACUUCUCUCAGCAAGUUCUCAAGUCCAGUGAGCCUCGAUUUAAAUUUGACGAAGGCAAUCCUUUUGUAUCUGAAGAAGAAGAAGGUGAUGUAGCAUCAGUUGCUUACCGAUACCGCAAGUGGGAUCUAAACAAUGGUAUCACUCUGGUAUGUCGUUGCGAGCACGACGCAGUAAUGCAAGGACCCAACAGCGAGACUCAGUUCUUGACAAUUAAAGCCCUAAACGAAUGGGACUCGAAGCUCGCCAAUGGCGUUGAGUGGCGCCAAAAGUUGGACACCCAGCGAGGUGCGGUUUUAGCCAACGAAUUACGUAACAACGCAUGCAAGCUCGCUAAGUGGACUGUCCAGGCUCUGCUUGCCGGAUCUGAUCAAAUCAAAUUCGGUUAUGUCUCACGUGCCAGCGUACGCGAUUCAUCCAAACAUGUUAUACUUGGAACACAACAAUACAAACCAAUCGAAUUUGCAAGACAGAUUAAUUUGAACAUGGACAAUGCCUGGGGUAUUUUACGCUGCAUCAUUGAUAUCUGUCUCAAACAAAAAGACGGUAAAUACUUGAUCAUGAAGGACCCGAAUAAACCAAUGAUCAGAUUGUACGACAUUCCCGACAAUACUUUUGAAAGUGAAGAUGAGGAAGAGGAAGACGAAGAUGAGCUUGUCAAUGAUGCUUUCCAAAAUUAAUCCUGAACAACAAUAACCGUAUUAAUAAUAAUAAUAAUAAUUUUUUUACAUCAGCACUCCAUUGUCUAUCUAACUUGGCUUUUCUUGCAUACUAUUAAUUGUAUAUUACGCAAUUCACUCUGAUUAUUAUUAAUUUCAAUAAAUAAAUAAACAAAAUUGGUACUAAAAA